AUGGAGGCUCUACCUGAAGGGCCUGCGCUGAAGCCGCCUCCUGGGGUCAUACCCGACUUUGCCAACCCAGGUGGCCAUCAUGGAAUUGGCUAUGGCGUCGUUAUCCUCUGUUCCAUCCUCGCAAAAACUGCUGUUGCCCUACGUCUUUAUGCAAGAGAUACAAUUAAGGACCUGAAACUCGAAGAUGGCCUAUUGGUCUCGGCAUUGGGCUCUUCGCAGGAUAUCAGUAUCUCAUGUACGACGGUGCCAUAUCUCCGGGAAUUGAAGUCCAUCGGUGGAACAUUCAGUUAA